CCUCCUCCUCCAUCAAAUAUAUGUACCAGAUAGACAUGUACUUGAAUAGAUUUCACAGUCUAUCAAAAACACCAGACUACUUUAAUAACUUCCGGUCUGAUUUGUACGUUUACAUAUGUAUGCAAUGAAUUCGAUAAAUGUACUUUGCAUUUCUGAAAAAAAACACAACCUUAGUUAAACUAACUGAAUGGUUGGUACUAAUACUGUGACUACUACUACCAUUACUACUACUACUACUACUACUACUACUAAUAAUAAUAAUAAUAAUAAUAAUAAUAAUAAUAAUAAUAAUAAUAAUAAUAACAAUAAUAAUAAUAAUAAUAGAUAUACAAAAUGGAGGAUAAAUUAUAUUCUGUCUAAUAAUCUUGAUGAUGAUGAUGCUUUGGAUGUUGAUGAUGAUGAUGAUGAAGAUGAUGCUUUGGAUGAUGAUGAUGAUGAUGAUUUGGAUGAUGAUGAUGAUGCUUUGGAUGCUUUGGAUGAUGAUGAUGAUGAUGAUUUGGAUGACGAUGAUGAUGAAGAUGAUGCUUUGGAUGAUGAUGAUGAUGCUUUGGAUGUUGAUGCUUUCUUUAUAAAUACUACUACUACUACCACUACUACUACUACUACUACUCCUCCUACUACUACUACUACCACUACUACUACCACUACUACUACCACUACUACUACCACUACUACUACUACUACUACUACCACUACUACUACUACUACUACCACUACUACUACUACUACUACCACUACUACUACCACUACUACUACAAUUACUACUACCACUACUACUACCACUACUACUACCACUACUACUACUACUACCUCUACCACUACUACUACUACUACUACUACCACUACUACUACCACUACUACUACCACUACUACUACCACUACUACUACUACUACAACUACUACUACUACUACCUCUACCACUACUACUACUACUACUACCACUACUACUACUACAUUAGAGAGUGGAGACUUUAAAUAA